GAGCGAGCGAGCGAGCGAGCGAGCUCGGCUGGAGUGCUGCUGCGGCCGCCGCUCCGCCAUGGACUCCCGUAAGCUGAGCGAGCUGCGGGCCUUCGUCAGGCUCUGCAAGCAGAACCCGGGCCUGCUGCACACCGAGGAGCUGGCCUUCCUCCGCGAGUGGGUGGAGAGUAUGGGAGGCACAAUACCACCUGCUCCAGCCAAUGCUUCCACAGAGGAGACGAGUAAGGGCAAAGCUGAGAAGCAAACAGAGGAGCCAGUUAAAUCACCUGAACCAGAAAGUGAAGAGAGUGACUUAGAAAUUGACAAUGAGGGAGUGAUUGAGCCUGAUAAUGAUGACCCUCAAGAAAUGGGAGAUGAAAAUUUGGAGGUAACAGAAGAGAUGAUGGAUCAAGCUAAUGAGAAGAAGAUGGAAGCAAUAAAUGCUCUAAGUGAAGGUGAACUUCAGAAGGCUGUUGACUUGUUCACAGAUGCUAUCAAGCUGAAUCCUUGUUUGGCCAUCUUGUAUGCCAAGAGGGCAAGUGUUUUUGUGAAACUACAGAAGCCAAAUGCUGCCAUUAGAGAUUGUGACAGAGCCAUCAAGAUUAAUCCUGACUCAGCACAAACCUACAAAUGGAGGGGAAAAGCACACAGACUUCUGGGGCACUGGGAGGAAGCUGCUCAUGAUCUUGCAUUAGCUUGUAAACUGGAUUAUGAUGAGGAUGCUAGUGCCAUGCUGAAGGAGGUGCAACCAAGAGCUCAGAAAAUUGCAGAACAUCGCCGAAAAUACGAGCGGAAGCGCGAAGAGAAGGAGAUCAAGGAAAGAAUGGAAAGAGUGAAGAAGGCACGGGAGGAGCAUGAGAGGGCACAGAGGGAGGAAGAAGCAAGGCGGCAGGCAGGAGGAGCUCAGUUCGGUGGCUUCCCAGGUGGCUUCCCAGGUGGAUUUCCUGGGGGUAUGCCAGGAAUGGCAGGUAUGCCAGGUCUCAAUGAGAUUCUCAGUGAUCCAGAAGUUCUUGCGGCCAUGCAGGAUCCAGAAGUCAUGGUUGCAUUCCAAGAUGUUGCUCAGAACCCAGCAAAUAUUUCCAAGUACCAGAAUAAUCCCAAGGUUAUGAAUCUCAUCGGUAAAUUGUCUGCCAAAUUUGGCAGUAAACCAUAAAAGCCCUGGUUUUAAAAAGAUCGUAUCUGAACAGGAAAGAUUGGAUUUGGCUAACCAGUGUUGCAAUAAAACAAACCAUUGUACCUCUGAUCUUCUUAAGAAGAGAAACGGGGUGUCCGAAGGAGACUGCUCUUUAGCCCCAAGUGUUGACUUUACUCAAUGAUUGGUUUAUAGCACUCAAAUUAUAUUCAGAUGGCCUAGUUUCAACCAUCCCUCCUUGUCAUACAAUUGCAAACUUUUUACUGUAAGUAUUGCAGACAGUUUUCCUCUGAACUAAUGCUCCUAUAGAACUUGUAAUAUCCUAGGAGUGUUAAGAUAAAAACCUGCUGUUGUGUUGUUUGGGGUUUCUUUUUCUUUCUUAUUAAUUACACUCAGCGAGCAAAGAGGAAGGAACUUUAAAAGUUGAAGUCUGUCUUUAAUCCUCUUAGGACAGAAAUGGUGGCCUAGUCACAAAUAGCAAAGGUGGGACAAGUCUGAAGAAUUAACUGGAUAAAGGAAUUGUCUGCAAAUACAAGUCCUCCUUUGUUUCUUUUUAAUGGGUGACUGACUUUAUAUAGCUGUUGAAAUUGUCAGUGUAACCGUGCUAGCUAGUUACACACUGGAACUUCUGGCAGUACUGCAAAUGUCAUGUUUUUGUGAUCACCACAAGUGUGCAGCAAAGGUACAGUCCUAUCCUUUGCACACCUUGGCAUGAAGUACAUAUUGCAGAGACCACAGAGGUUUUGUUACUUGCUCGAUUCUUGUCCAGCACCUUUAUGUAACAUUUAUCAUUUUGGGUAUGGGAGAGCAGCUUACUGUUUGCUUGUGCUCUUGUCCUUUCCCAGUUGGCAGGUCCUCCACUGGUUACACUUGCCCUUCCUUGGGGCCAUGCUUACCAGGUGUCAUGUAUUUGGGAACUUUAGGGAAGGAAUCUUAUUCUCAUCACUACCUCUGUCCCACUGAAUGCAAGCCAUCCAGAACACGUAAUCACAGAGUUACAAAUCAGUGAAAGGGAGAGAAUGCACAACAAAGUUCUGAGUCAGUUUGAGUCCUUACACACUUACUGAGUAAAAUUUCUUGGCCAAAGUCCUGCUGUCUCUGUAGAGGUGAUGACUCUUCCUUCACUGCGUAUUGUAGUCUUCCAUCUUCUCUUGUAUCUUCUUCUUCAAAAAGCAAACACACACCAAAAAAAAAAAGUUAUCACAGAUGACCCACAGAAAAGCCCAUAAAACAAAAAGCUGUGGUUGUGGGUUCAUGCUUCCAUGGUUUUGAGGCUCGUGAUAUGAAGAAAGAGGUGAUGUAUUUGGAGCUGACGGAACAUUGUUCAUGCACUUGUGGAUCCCCAGCAUGGGUGUCCUUGAAGCGGUGUCUCUUGAUGAUAUUCAGUUGAUUUUUGUCUGCUGAUCAAGACAGUUGUUGCUUCUGUUUGUCUUAGCUAAAGCAUAAUUGUUCUGUGGAAAAAUGACCAUGGUUACCUUGUUCACUGCUUGACUCUCAACAUUUGUGUUACUACUAUUUUUGUAAUUCUGUAUCUUAAGCCAUACCCAAUGCUACCAUUUAAAAACAAAUCUGGACUGAAGUAGGAACUCAACAACAGCUGCAAAAAAUAAUUAUCCCCAAAUGCUUUGUGUCAUACUGCUGACCCUGCAGAAAGACAUGUGAAUUGUUUUUUGCUUAAGAACUCUAGUUCUGAAUACUUAGCCUUGAAAAAAUAAAGUAUGGUUUUGAAAAAAUAAAGGGUUUUUUUGGGUUUGUGUAACUUUCUGGUCAAAGCUAUUUUGCUUGAAUUAAACAUGGAAGUGAUUCAAUUAAACUCUGUCUGUAACUUGCAGUUUAAAUGGGAACUAAAUGCUUAAGGGCUUGGCUUUGUGACCAAACGAACUCAAGGACUGGGUGUUGCUGUGUGCCUGGCUUUUGCUCAUACUCUUGAUUUUUCACUGUUGUCCAGAGGAGAUAAUUUGGUCCCUUCUGUGCAUGGGCUGACACUCAACUUCUUUGUCCAGGCUGGUGCAUAUGUGCUGUGCAUGAAUUAAGAGUAUCUUGAAUAUAUAGAUGUAUUCUCUUCAAUUUCCUGUUGCUCUGUCUUGGCUGUUGAUGUUUGUCUAUCAAUGUCUAGUCAAAACAGGGGAAGUUGUCCCUCACUAGUAGAAGUGGUUAUUAACUGUGUCCUCCCUGCUUGCUUACACAUCACUUGCCCUUAUUCAGAGCUGACUGACUCAAGAAAAACGUUUUCCCAGUUUUGUGUCAGCAUUAGCUGUCUAGCUGAAUUCUUGUUCUUUGGGAAUGCAUAUCCCAUGACUCCCUUAGGGUUUAUGUUUUGUGUUUUCACUGUUACCUGAGGAGAUGGCUGGGCCUCAUCCCUGUUCCCCAGGUUAGCAUGUAGACAUCUUAAGCAGCUAAACUGGUUUGAACAGAGGUGCAGAAAGUUAUCUGCACAGAAGAUGCAUAGAGAUGGCAAGCUCUGAAUGUAGAGUAGAAGUAAUUAGAGGAUAAAGCUGUUAUUUUCAGGGCUUGCUCUGAUACUUACUGGGAGCACCUUUAGGUGGCUUGUCUCCAUUGCAGCACAGUUGUGUGUGGUUCUUGCAAGCACAGUGGCAGUAGUAGCUCAGUUGACCAUUUGCCUACAGGCUGUCAGCAGGUAGGUAUGAAUGGGUCAGCUGGUGCAGUGUGCCAUGCAGUUGCUGACCCAGGGCCAGGUGUGCACUUCAGCUGUGGGAAGCAAGUCAUGCACUGUGCUGUUUGGCCAGAUGACCUGAUCUGUCAAAAAAGUAGGAUGAUAAACCUGCAACUGGCUGGUGGUAGAGGGCCAUAGCCGUGUUACUGUGUGUGUCUGAGUGACUUGUUUGUCCUUUGCUGUUCAGCUGCUGCUCUAAAGAAAAAGAAAAGCCAGGUCAGGUGCCACUUCCAGGCUCCACUACUGCACAGUGCACCUUGUUGUGCAGUAAUGUGGCAAAUGCAGGACUUGGUGCCUUUAGCAGAACUGGUCUGAAAAUGUGUCUUGCUUCAGUGCUGGGCUGUGAACAAAAGCCAUCUGUCAAAGCAGUUUGGUUUGCCUUUGUUGUAAGGCAGUGAUCAGAUAGGUGGGAGCCAGACUCCCAAAGUUGGGUGAAGGCAUGUGGGACAAGACUGGGCAGAGCAAUGAUAGGCCAGAGAAUGGGUCAGUUAAUGAGUAUUAAAAUACUAUGCAAAGGUAAAACUCUGUAGGAACAACUCAUUGCCAGUGGUUGUAUCUGUGGUUUAACUCUUUAAAUGCCACUUUGUUAUUUUUGUUACCUUUAGGCCCUUUGCAUAGAAGUCAUAUAAUCCACUCUUGUACAUGCUUGUACAUAGAAUCACAGAAUCCCAUGUCUCUUCUGUGUGAUGGAAGAGCAAAUAACACCACUGUGGGACCUGCUGUCUGAGCAGAAUCCUUCAUCCAAAGUGACAGGAAGUUGUGGACCAAGCUAGGCUGAGCUGGAGCCAACUUGUCUUUGGCAUGUACCUUCCUGUGGACUGUUGGGUUUUCCUUAUCUAAAAGUAUUUGGCACCCCUUUGGAAUCCCACAGGGCAUCUAGGGUCAGGGAUACUGCAGUGAUUUUUGGGCCAUAGGGCAAGCAGGUCAUUGGAAUAGUGGUAGAGGCUAGAGGGUUGUUUUCCUUAGCUGCAGGCUAGUCUGGUACAGAUAAGGAUUGAUAUCCUUGAGCAGGAGGGGCAUUCACUGGGAAAGUGGUAGGUGUCUCAUGAACCUCAUUCAGAGCUUUGCAGAGGUGAGCCUCUACCUUACCUCAUGUGUGACAGACUGAGGGUGGUGGUGGAGAAAAGUGGUUCUGGAUUACCAAAGAGCUGAAAAAAGGGUGGCUUCCAGUUGGGCACAAAACCACUAUGUUGAGUGCUACAGAGUAAGUCAGAGGAGGACAGUAGUGUGAUAGCAGCAGAUGCGAUUUCAGAUGAAGCAGGAACAGUGACAAAAAAACCUUAAGCUCAGGUGGUGUCUAGUGGACCUGCACUAUGGGGCAGCAAAAAAACUCAGGUGACUUUGAGCUACAAGUCAUUGAUCACCUUGUGGAUCAGAGCUUAAGCUAGUCAUGUUUUCCUGGUGUGGUCCCCACAAACAGGAACUUUAUAUGAAGACAAACCUUCCUUCAUCCCCACUACCUGGAAGUCUUACUGAAUGUAAAUAUGGAGGACUUUCCUGUAAAUCUGAAUCUUGAUGACUAACCAAGAUGUUAACACUUUGCUAGCCAGAUUGCAAGUUAUUACUGUACCUGUCCUUGAUGUACAAAUAACUUCUGAAAUGUAUAUUCUGGAUGGAUGGUCUCAGGCAAGCUUGAGAUCUUGUCAAUAAAUAAAUGUAUUUGCA